AUGCGGCAGAAGGUGGUAUCGCUCCUGCUGUGCUAUCUGCUGCUGUCGGCCUGCGGGCUGGUGGAGGCAGGCAAAAGGAGAGACUCGGAGGACAGCGACUCGGGCUCCGGAGUGUGGGGCGCGCUGUCCUACAUGGCCAUCGGAGGAGGAGCCCUGGCCCUGGGGCUGCCCGCGCUGGGCUUCACGGGCGCCGGCAUCGCUGCCGGCUCCGUGGCCGCCAAGCUGAUGAGCUGGUCGGCCAUCGCGCACGGGGGCGGCGUGCCCGCCGGAGGGCUGGUGGCCACGAUGCAGAGCUUGGGGGCUACCGGCGGCAGCGCCCUCAUGGCCAAGGUCGGUGCCUUUCUAGGCUACGCUGUCCACCGGCAGAUGGACAGCAAGGGGGCAAAGGAGGAAGAGGAGUGA